AUGAGCAACAUCAAGGUGGCAGUGCGGUGUCGCCCGCUCUUCGAGAACGAGCGGCCAGCAGUUGGCCUGGACUUUCACCAGGGCCGCCGCAUUCUCCUCGACAACAAGACCUACGACCCCGACUACAUCUUCCCGCCAGCCGCAACGCAGGACGAGGUCUUCGCGGUGUGCCAGCCGAUCCUGCAGAGCGUGAAGGAUGGGCUCAACGGCACGGUGAUGGUCUACGGGCAGACGGGCACCGGCAAGACGCACACCAUGCUGGGCACGCCGGACCAGCCGAACGGCAUCGCCCACCGCAUGAUCGCCUCGAUGCUGGAGCACGUGCAGCAAAAGACACUCGAGGGGACGCAGUGUGCGCUGACGCUGUCGAUGGUCGAGAUCUACAACGAGAGGAUGUCCGACAUGCUGAGCGCGAAUGGUGACGCGGAGGUGACGCUCGUCGGCGGCUUCCCAAAGGCGACGGUGAAGUUGACCUUGUCGCGUCUCAGCGAUGCAAAGGCGGCAAUCCAGCGCGGCCUCAGCUGGCGCCACACCGCCGCGACGCUGAUGAACGAGCGCAGCAGCCGCUCGCACGUCGUCUUCAUCCUCGACCUCGAGGAGCAGAACACGUACACCGACAGCGUAGACGUGGCGCACCUCUUCAUGGUCGACCUCGCGGGAAGCGAGAGCCUCAAGAAGUCGCAAGUGAGCGGCACCGCGGCGAAUGAGGCCGGUAAGAUCAACAAGUCGCUGCUGGCGCUCAAGAGUGUCUUCCUCGCGCUCGCAAACUCCAACGAAUCGACGCGGCCAGGCCACGUGCCGUACCGCGACUCCAAACUCACAGAAAUGCUGCGCGACUCCAUCGGUGGCACCGCGCGGACGCUCAUGGUGGCAUGCAUCUCCGCCGUGGGCCGUGACAUUGAGGAGACCAAGUCGACGCUUAUGUACGCCGUGAAGGCGCGCUCCAUCCGCAACGCGGCCAACACGGAGCGGGAGAAGCUGAUGAUACGCCUCCGCUCUUUUGAACUGGAGAAUCAGCGGCUGCGCAAUCGUCUGCAGGAACGCGUGGUGGAGCGUGGUGGCUACUACGUGACCCGAGAGGAGCACGAACGACUGCAGCAGAUGGAGGAGGAGCACAGUACGCUUAAGGGGGACCUUGACGACCUGCUGCGGGAGCGACAGCAAAACGAGGCGCGGCAGCACAUCGACGCCUCACAGAGCAACAUAUUGCAGGCGAUGGUGGAGGAGAAGGAGGAUGAGCUUCGGCGGUUCAAGCAGACGUACCACGAGGCCCUCAUCAAGUUUGAUGCGCAGGUAGGCGUGCUGCAGCGAGUCGUGCAGGAUGCGGUGAACGGGGCCCAUGAGGCUUCUCAACGUGGUGCGGAGGCUCUGCUGGAGCAGCUCCAGCAGUGGCGCGAUAGUACACUCCAGGAGGCGACUCAGGGCGACCAGCAAGAGGAAGCAAAUGAUGGCGCAUUGUUAUUUACGCGCGACUACGAGGCGGAGGCUGCAGGUCUUGUGGCGCGCAUCAACGACGGUGUCUCGAGCCUGACGCAGGACAUACUCGCCGUGACGCGGCAGCAGAGUGCCACUGUGCUCGCGCUGCAGGAGCGCCGUCGGGCCUCGCUGGCGCUGCUGCAGCAAACGAUACAGGAGCGGGUGGCGGAGGUGCUGGCGUCCCACACACGUGAGCAGUCCAACAUUGAUGCAGAGCUCGAGAGUGGGCAGCGCCUCUUUGAGAGCCGCAUUGCAUCGAGUGCUAAGCAGCCGCCACCAGCAGAUGUGCUGCCGUUUCAACAUAUUGUGCGGAACGUGUGCCGUGACGCGGUGGAGAGUAGCCAGGAGUUCUUCCCGCCCGCGGGACUCUCCGAUGAGGUGGCGGAAUCGCUGCAACACAUCAACGAGGCAUUCCGUGUGAGAGCGGCGAGCGCGUCGCUGGGCGCGCUGCUGCAGAUUGGGAACAUACCGCCGCCCCGCCAUUCCAAUUCCUCACUGUCCACCAGCACAACAGCCACCAAUGCCACGGCGGCUGUUGCUGCUGCAACGCCCGCUACGGGGUCGCCGCUGCUUCCUUUGGCGAACAAAGAGAAGAAUCAGGCCUCAGGACCUGGUGGUGCUGGCAACGGCAGGCUGAAGCGGCUACGCACAAGCAGCGCGAUGUCUGACACGCGACGCGCCUCUGCACGCUGCGAAAAGUGA